GCCAGGGUGGUUAUUUGCAGCAGUUUCAAUGUAUCAAUGAUAACCUGGCUGCCAUUCCCAUCUGCGCUUAGUUCCUUGUGUGGGACUGAUCAUUGCUCUAUCACCGAGACAAGAUUAUUUCUGAUCGCUUUAGGGAAACAUUCCUGUUUACAGAGGAACGGCCAAAGGAAGUCGAGGGGGACGUUUGUUGACAAUACACCUGGGACUGCAGGUGAGGAUGCCUGGAGGUUUGGAUUAGAAGCUGCCUCCUCCUUCACCCCUUUCCCUGCCCCUCUCCCCCCCCCCCACACCCGCUUCCCCCUGGGGAAAGGGGCCCCUUUAUUCUGGAGAAGGACAAUCCCCUGCAGGUCCCGAACUCCACCUGCCCUUCCCCAUAAACACCACGGCUUGUCGGGAAACCCCAAAGAGAGCGGCUGUCCGUGAGCGGGAUCAGAGGGGGGCCAAAUCUGGCCGCGAAGGGCAAUUGACGGGGAGGAGGGAGUGAGCAAGCGUUGGAGCGCCAGACCUGCGUGCAGCCUACCUCAGCCUGCCCCCCUGCCUGUUUGAAAGUGGGCCGCGUGCUCGCAGAGUGCAAGUUGACAAAGGGUGGUGGAGUUGGAUCCUUCCUAAACUCUCCUGCCUGGAACCUGAGACUUGCAUGCCAUGGAUCACACACUCUUUGGCUGCCUGCGCAGCCCUCAUGCCACCGCGCAGGGCUUGCACCCGUUCUCCCAGUCUUCUCUCGCCCUGCAUGGAAGAUCUGACCACAUGUCCUACCCCGAGCUGUCUACUUCUUCCUCCUCGUGCAUCAUAGCGGGAUACCCCAAUGAAGAGGGCAUGUUUGCCAGCCAGCAUCACAGAGGGCACCACCAUCACCACCACCACCACCAUCACCACCAGCCGCAGCAGCACCACCAGGCUUUGCAGACGAACUGGCACAUUCCUCAGAUGUCUUCUCCCCCCGCCGCUGCCAGGCACAGCCUCUGCCUGCAGCCCGACUCAGGAGGUCCCCCGGAGCUGGGCAGCAGCCCCCCAGUCCUGUGUUCAAACUCCUCCAGCCUGGGCACGAAUACCCCGACGGGGGCUGCAUGUGCUCCCGGGGACUAUGGCAGGCAGGCGCUGUCCCCAGUGGAAACAGAGAAGAGGUCCGGCAAAAGGAAAAGCGACAGCUCAGAUUCCCAGGAAGGAAAUUACAAAUCAGAGGUCAACAGUAAGCCUAGGAAGGAAAGGACAGCCUUUACCAAGGAGCAAAUCAGAGAGCUAGAAGCAGAGUUUGCCCAUCAUAACUACCUGACCAGGCUGAGGAGAUAUGAGAUAGCAGUAAAUCUGGACCUCACUGAAAGACAGGUAAAAGUUUGGUUCCAGAACAGACGAAUGAAAUGGAAGCGGGUAAAAGGGGGCCAGCAAGGGGCAGCAGCCCGGGAAAAGGAACUGGUGAAUGUGAAAAAGGGCACACUGCUUCCCUCAGAGCUUUCUGGAAUUGGUGCAGCCAGCCUCCAGCACACGGGGGACUCACUAGCGAACGAUGACAGCCAUGAUAGUGAUCACAGCUCUGAGCACGCACACUUAUGAUACACAAAGAGAGGAUCCCAGCUCCGUUCUCAGGAAAGAAAUGCUAUGAUGGCACGCCUUCUCCGGGCAUCGUUUACUUAUGCAAGUGACUCUGGCAGUGAUUUUUUUUAAAAAAAUGGUUAUUAAAAAUUCAAGCUUAUUGUGUCUGCUUUUCUUGAUUUUUUUAGAUGGUUUACAGUAAGUGCCAUGUCUUAGAGGUGCCUCAAGAGUGGGAAGCGGAAGAUGAACUUGCUUUGAACAUUCCAGAUUUGUUUGUCAUGUUUAUGGACAGCGGGCAGGUAUUUUUGCUUUAGCUUGCACUGAAAAUUACAUUGCUUUCAACAGAG